CUCCUCCUCAAUUUAGAGAGGAUCGGCUACGAUGCGGCGUUAGUCCAGGAGCCAUGGAUAGCGUCGGGAAACGUGGUAGCUGGACUAAAGUCGCAAACUUACUAUACGCACAUCCCGAGUGCAACAAACAGGAUGAUCUGACGGUGGUAGCUGUGAAGGAUGGCAAGGAUGACACAAUACUCCUUGCAUCUUGUUACAUGCCUCACGACGAGGAGGCGCCACCAAACGAGCUCCGGAGGUUGGUGGGAGAGGCCGAGAAGGCGAAACGCCCACUCAUCAUAGGCGCGGAUGCCAAUGCGCACAACACAGUAUGGGGGAGUGGAGAUACCAACGAAAGGGCUAACCGGGGUGAGGAACCAACUUAUAUUGGCCCUACCUCGAAGAACGUCCUUGACAUAACACUCCACACUAGUGGGGGAAUCGGAGUACAGAAUUGGGAGGUGCUUAGUACACCCUCGUUCUCUGACCAUAG